AUGCCCCGACUAUUCCCAUCCAACCCGGAAGAGGUGAUGGUGAUUCGAAACGUCACCUCCGACAUCAUCACCAUGAGUCUGCCAUUCGCACGAUUUGGACGUUUCAAGUUUGGCGGACGGGGAACACUGGUCAAACUGCCCUCAGGCUCACUAGUCGUCUUCUCCCCGGUCAACCUCACCCCCGAAGUCCGCGAGAUGAUCUCUCAGAUGGGCCGGGUAAAAUACAUCGCCGCACUAGAUCUCGAGCACCACAUCCACCUCACCUCGUGGAAAGAAGCAUACCCCGACGCCGAGAUCAUCGCCCCGGAAGGCCUCUGGGAGAAACGGCAGAAGAACCCAGCGCACCAGAACACGCCGUUCACGCACAUCUUCCGGAAAGAGGACCAGCAUCAAGGAUCCCGCAAGAUCUCGGAGGAAUUCGACGCGGAGUUUGAGACUGAGUACGUGUACGGACAUCCGUCGCGGGAGCUAGUCUUCCUACAUAAGCGGUCGCGCACGCUCAUUGAGGCGGAUCUCAUGUUCAAUCUCCCGGCUCGGGAGCAGUACUCGCGGACGAAGGAGGGCGCGACAUCGGGGAUUUUUGCCAAGAUCCUCAACCCGGUGAUGUCGGCGGAGCCGCCGGCGACGUGGCAGAAGCGGUUUGUGUGGUAUAUUCUGUCGAGUGCGGAUCGGAAGGCAUUUACGGAGUCAAUGAGGAGGAUCGAUAAGUGGGAUUUUAAUCGGUUGAUUCCGUGCCAUGGGGAUAUUAUUGAGAGCGGUGCCAAAGGGAGUUUCCGUACGAUCAUGGAAUGGUUCUUGGAGAAUGAGAGGAGAGGGUCUACCUGA